GCCCCCCGCCGUUCCCACCGCUUUGGCGCGAACCUUCAGUUCCCCGGUGCUCGCCCCGCCGCUGCCAGCAUGGCUCCGCCGCGCCCGCAGCGCCGAGGUUGUUCAGGAAGGAGAAACCUCACAGCAUUCCGAAAUACGAAACUGAUUCCUAUGGAAACAUCCUCAUCCUCUGAUGACAGUUGUGACAGUUUUGGGUCUGAUAAUUUUGCAAACACAAAAUACAAGUUUAGGUCGGAUAUUAGAGAAGAUUUGGCAAAAAUUUUUUACGAAGCAUCUGAUGAUGAAUCCUUCUGUGGCUUUUCAGAAAAUGAAAUUCAAGAUGCACUGAAACUGGAGUCAGAUGCAGAGGAGAAUGAGACAAGUGCUGAAAGUGAGGUAGCUCGGAGAAGGCAGAAAUGCUCUGUACCUCUAAAGGUAGCCAUGAAGUUUCCACCUCGAAGAUCAGAGAGAAGGAAGGGUGAGAUGGAACCUCUUCCUGAAAAGCUGAUGCCUGUUCCAGAUUCAGACUCUGACUCUGAAGAAAAUGGUGCCCUGUUUUUAGAAAAAAGAGCUUUAAACAUAAAGGAAAACAAGGCAAUGCUUGCAAAACUAAUGGCUGAGUUGCAAAAUGUUUCUGGUAUCUUUGCUGGGAGAAAGUCAUUGCCAACUGUCAGUAAUGGACCAAAGCGACCUCCAAGACGUUCAUUGCCCAGAAGUGCUUUGAGGAGGAACCCAGACCGAAGUUCUCGGCCUCAUACAAGAUCCAGGUCCCUGAUUGAAGGUCCUCCUACUUCUUUACCAGAAGAGGAAGAUGACCCAUACAUCUUAGUGAGAAGAAGAAAGAUGUCUGAUGAAUACCUGGAGCAUGAAGCCCGAACUCCCAGGAGGGGUCACCGUGGUGCCAUGGCUUUUCCACACGUUGUGCGCCCAGUUGAGCAGAUAACAGAGGAAGAGUUGAAAAAUAUUUGUGGUUCUGCAAGAGAUAAAAUAUAUAACAGGACUAUGGGAUCCACCUGUCACCAGUGUCGCCAGAAAACCACAGACACCAAAACAAAUUGCCGUAACCCGGACUGCGUGGGAGUGCGGGGCCAGUUCUGCGGGCCCUGCCUCCGCAAUAGGUAUGGGGAAGAUGUCAGAACUGCCCUGCUGGACCCGACCUGGAGGUGCCCACCUUGCCGUGGAAUCUGCAACUGUAGCUUUUGCAGACAGCGAGAUGGCCGAUGUGCAACAGGUGUCCUGGUAUAUCUGGCCAAGUACCAUGGCUAUGACAACGUCCAUGCUUACUUGAAAAGUCUGAAACAAGAACUUGAAAUGGAAGACUGAAGCUGUGACUGCCUUCAAAUUGUGUACUCUUUCACCAAUGUCACAUUGCCUACAGUGAAUUGUUUAAUCAAAUGAGAUUGCAAAGCCAGUGCCUUCCUUCACUCCCCUUCUGGGUAAAAAGGGAUAAACAAGUUUUACUUUUCUCAGUGCAUAUCACACUCGGGGAACCUGUUUAAUGAAGGUCUUUGCUCACAAGCUGUUGUUUUCUUCUUAAUCAACUUGGCAAAUCUGAUAGCAUCAGUCCUUGCUUUUGUGCCAAUAACUUUUUUUUUUUUUUUCUGAAAGGAGAUGGGGCUUUAAGCCAUUAGGAGUCUUAUUCAUGCAAUCACUGUGCUGCAGGUUUAUUUAUACUUUGAAGAUGAUCAUGAAAAGCUACAGAUAUUCUGAAAAUUCAGGGCACUGUUCCCCAUAGAACCAAGUGGGGAAACGUAUGUGCUUAACUCCAGGCCAACUUAUGCUGCAAUACAGACUGAGGAUAAAUGAUCAUAAAAUAGAAGCUAAGAAUUUUCAAAUAAACCCCACCACAUUUGCAAGUUCAAAAAGGAAGCUCUUAAAGUUGCAGCUGAGCAGUCUCCAAGCACUAAUAUUUGGUUUUAUAGAGUACUUAAAGUGCUCUCUGGCCAUUUUAAAAGGGUAAUGUCUGAGUGACUUUAAAAAUGCAAGAGAAACAGUUGGAGAUGGUGCUUUGUGUCUUUUCUUAGAUGACAGGAGGUGAAAGCAACCACAGCACCAGCACUGCUUGGUGAUGAUGGAGAUGUGAAUGUACACUGUACAGAGUGGCCAUUGUCUAAAUCAGAACAUACCCAGUGUUAAAUUACCGCUUUUGUGGGUUCUCUUCUUCCUGCUCUUGCUGCAACUGCAGAACUGCUUCCUUGCAGAAUCCUCACAGGUCCUGGGGAAGAGGUCACUGGUCCUCUAGGUCAGGACUUGGUUAAAUAGAGGGGUAGUGGUUCAUGUGGCUGUUGGCCAAUUACAAGUGGAUGAAAGAUGCUUACUUCUUGAAUUCCAUUAUCAGGAAAAGGGGCAAUGACAAUCGCUGGAAUCAGAAGCCUGACUUUUUUACCUGUAAAAAAUGUAAAAAGCAAGGACUUUUUAAGCUGCAGUUCAGCUUGGAGUAAGUUAUUCUUCCAGUGCAUAGAGCAGCAUGAAUGUAAGUAGAUAAAGUUCUCAAGAGACAUCCUGAUUUUAGAUAAGGAAAUACAAUUGCCUGAUCAAAAAGGCUUUCAAAAUUAAGUAGAGGGACAUAUAGCGAGUUGCAUACAAUUUGAGCACUUAAAGAUGUAGGUACUGUUGUGGUCUCCUCCUAACACUCCAGCCAUAUUUCUGUAUCUGGCUUUGUGUGAUUGGAGGAGAUCUUUUGCAUGAUGUUGUUAAGGAAGCACGAGUACAGCAGAAACGGAGCUGAAGGAUUCUCAUGUGCUGUAUGGAAUGGGGUCUCUUGUACUCUGUGCUGUAAUAAAGAAGGUGCCAUGAAAAUUGUAUCUGGAUAACCACAAAGUGUAUGACUGUGCUUAGUUUGAUUAUGGAAACUACUGUAUAAUCUUUGUAUAAGGUUUAGAAUGCAAUGUUAAAAUACUGUACAAUUGAAUAGUAAAAGAACUAAGUGGCUUUUAUUGAGCAUUAGAACAAAACAGGUUUAGGCUGCUCUGCAUGCACAGUGUUUGCACAGUGUGUAUACAUAAUGAUCCACAGUUUAUACCUUUCUAGGAAUUACAUCAGUGUGUCUGGGAGGACAGGAGAGAGGAAUUCAGAAACAAAAGCUAUUUAUGUCUCAGACUUGCAGUUCUGUUUCAUAAAUCAUCUGUCCUCUUGAAAAUCUUCCUCUCUUUUGUUUUUACAGUGUGAAUUCUUUGCAGUCUGAGGUAGAGUGUUCUAACCUCUAGGUACAUUUCCUGAAGCAGCUCUAGAAAUACAUGUUCCAACAGAUGAGUGCUUUUUUUUUUUUUUUUUUUUUGUAAUUGCUGGUCUUGCCUUCUGAUUGCUGGAGUGUGAAAGGGCUGUGCUAAAAGCAAAGCCUUGCGUUGUAUCACAGAGACUGUUGUAUUUAGAUUUGUUCAGAUCUGCAGUGUUCUGUACAAACUUUUUUACUUUGAA